GCCCCCUCUCCUCCUCCUCAAUCAGAGCGGCGGCGCACCUAGCCCCUUCCCCUCCACCUUGCUCACAAGCUCCUCCAAUGGCCGCGAACCAGACACCCAGAGCUCCCACCCACGCUGAUCCACUGCAGGCGCCAUCCACAGGCUCGGAAUCAAUCCACAACGAGAGCAGUGAGGCGCGCCUCCGCCGGAUCCACGCCAACCUACGCCUGCUUGACCCGCCCGUGGCCCCGUCCGCCCGCGCCCUCGGCCUCCUCGACUUCGUCCGCCUCGACCUGUCCUCCUCCGGCGCCCCGCGCCCUGACCUAGUCGCCGAGCUCAUCGCCAACUACGAGCCAGAGUACUCGAAGCCCGGAUGGAGCUCCGUCCGUGGCCAAAAAAUCGAGGACUCCCUUGAUUCAUUCGCCCAGGCGCUCUGCCUCCCAGGAAGACCUAGACGGUCUGGUCCUGCUAGCACCGUCGUGGCCUCCGCUGCCAAAGAGUUCAUGAAUAUUUACAUUCUGGCGCCAAUAAAGGCUUCCACUGACAGGAAGCGCAGGCUGCCUAUUGUGUUAGAUUGCAACUCGAGCUGUGUGCAGUAUCGUCGGGCGCAUCGUGUUUACUGGACGGGGCUACUCUGGGACCGAGUGGACGAUGAAAUGGAACACCUGAUUAAGAAGAGCACCAACAGGGCAUGCUACUACGGUGCAUACCUGCAGAGGCUAAUCUGGGCGCAGAGGCCAGAUCUCUUCCAGCUGCCACCGCAACCAUUCGUGGCAGAUGCGCCAUCUGAGCCAGUGCCAUUGGAGUCCCAUAAGGAACGAGGAAUCAAUCGAUCAACAAUCAAUGACAAUCAGAAUCGUGGCUCUGAAGCGAUGUCUGAGAAUAUUGAAGCAAGGUCUGAGAAGGUGAAGGUUGAUGCGGCUUUAGAGAAGAUCAAUGCGGCAUCCAAGGUGAUGAUAGAUACGGCGUUAGAGAAGAUCGAUGCAGCAUCCAAGGUGAUGAUAGAUGCGGCGUUGGAGAAGAUAGAUGCAGCAUCCAAGGUGGUGAUAGAUGCGGCGUUGGAGAAGAUAGAUGCAGCAUCCAAGGUGGUGAUAGAUGCGGCGUUGGAGAAGAUCGAUGCGGCGUCCAAGAUGAUUGAAGCCACAUCCAAGCAGCAUGACGCUAGAGCUGGCGAGCAAGAUGCUAACAUGCAGGAGAUGCAGUCACUCGUCCAGAUGCUGGUUACCAAGGAACGACAAAGCAAUGUCGAGUUGCAACGUGCUCGGAAAAUUCUCAUAGAUGAACUGCAGAAGUUUACAAAUGUGCAGGCACAUAUAGGGAUCAAAAGGAUGGGUGAGCUGGAUCUGAAAGUAUUUGCCAAUGCUUGCAGCAAAAAUGCAACACAAGAAGAUGCACAAAUUAACUCUGCUAUUCUUUGUUCAAAAUGGGAAGCUGAAAUCGCAAACCCAGGCUGGCAUCCUUUUAGGAUAGUUAUGGUUGAUGGUAAAGAGACGGAAAUUCUUUGGGAGGAGGAUGACAAUCUUCGCCGCUUAAAAGAGGAGCAUGGUGAGGAAAUCUACAGCUUAGUGACCAAGGCGCUGCUUGAGAUGAACGAGUACAACCCCAGCGGACGCUAUGCCGCACCGGAGCUGUGGAACUGUAAGGAUGACAGGAAAGCAACGCUGGAGGAAGCCAUCCAGUUCCUCCUGAGACAGCUGCAGUCACAUAAGAGGAAGCGCCGGUGAGGCUCUGCAAUACUGAUGUGCAGGAGGCCCUCCUACUUUUGCUUCCGUAAAAUUGUACGUGCGCGCUGAACUUGACUCUAAUGUAGUCGUAGUGCUGGUGGAUUAGUUGGAGGCUUUGUAGUGGUCCACCAGUCUUGACGAUCAUGCAAACUAGAUUAGCCAUGAUCGCCUUUUGAUCGCAACCUACAUAGCUUAGCUAGAUGAUGCUCCUGUUGGAUGUAUCAUGUAUGGAGCCUUUGGCAUGAUGGAUGCUAGCACUAAUCUCAGAAUGUAGAUUGUACGUAGCCCUGGCCUGGAUGCUAGUACUAAUCUCAGAAUGUCCAAUUAGGUUUCCUACUAUUGUCUGAGUUUCUAU